CGUCUCACUUGUAAUCGCAGGAGUGAACCAACGGCACGAUGCUGACUUUUAUCCAGCUGAUCAUUUUGCUCUUUUGGACGAGCAUUAGCUCAGCUGAUGCGGAGAAACUUUUCCAUAAAAGGGAUCAUUCUGAUGUGCAGAACCUUAACUCUCAUCAAGCUGAGGUUAUCACCGACAAAUAUGGAUUCAUUAAACCGGUGAACUGGGAGGAGAUCCAGUUUGAGGACGUGGACACCUCUUUCACUGAAGACUUCCUGGAGGAAUUUCAAGAUAAGAUCCAAGAAGGGACCUCAGUGCAUCGAUCAAGGGAUUCUCCUCGUGUUGGGGAUCAAGGUGACAGCAACAGCUUCACAGAGAGCCAGGCGUUUGCUUCAGCUAUUGAGGAGUUUCAGAGAGUGUCGGGUCUGCCGGUCACAGGCAUGUUUGAUGAGGCCACAAAGGAGGCGAUGAACAAACCGAGGUGUGGAGUCCCUGACAAGGAGAUCGAGCUGAACGCCCAUGAAGUACUUGAGAACACUAGCGUUUCAGAUAUUGAAAACAGUGUCAGUGAGGCUGACAGUAAUAACACAGCGAGUAAUGCAACCAGCGACACUUUUUUUGGCACCGAAAUCUCAUUUGAAGAUGACUUUUUCAAUUUCAACGACACAGAAAGUGUUCUCACAAGCAUCUCCAAUGACACCAGCAGUAAUUACACAAAUGACUUAGUUGCUCACAUUUCAAAUGAAACCUCGCCCAAUGAUAUCAGCAUGCACAGUCAAACAACAAAUAUCAGCCUGAGCUCUCCCCAGAGCAAAGCAGUGCAGCGCAGAAAACGUGACCUUGCAGCUCUCGUAUCCAAAAACAGACAAAGGAGAGAUUCGAGCGAAACGGGCUACAUGGCCUUUUCUAAGAAGGUGCUGAAGUGGAGGCUGAUCGGAGAAGGCUACAGCAGUCAGCUGUCCAUUGAAGACCAGAGGCAUAUCUUCAGACUGGCCUUCAGGAUGUGGAGCGAGGUGUCUCCGCUGGACUUCGUGGAGGAUACACGCUCCCCGCUAGAGGAGGUGGACAUCCGGCUGGGCUUUGGCACAGGAAGACACCUGGGAUGCAAUCAAAGGUUUGACGGCACCGGUCAAGAGUUUGCCCACGCCUGGUUUCUGGGUGACAUUCACUUUGAUGAUGAUGAACAUUUCACCGGUCCCGACGCUGGCAGUGGCAUCAGCCUUCUCAAAGUGGCAGUUCAUGAGAUCGGCCAUGUUUUGGGUCUCCCCCACAUCUACAGACCCGGCUCUAUAAUGCAGCCCAGUUAUCUGCCCCAGGAGUCCGGCUUUGAGGUGGACUGGAUGGACAGGAAGGCCAUACAGCACCUCUAUGGGGGCUGUAAAGGUCGAUUCAACACAGUGUUCGACUGGAUCAGGAAGGAGAAGACGCCCUAUGGGGACGUGGUCAUCCGCUUUAACACCUACUUCAUGAGGGGCGGCUGGUACUGGCUGUAUGAGAACAGGAAUAACAGAACCCGGUUUGGAGAUCCAGUCGCACUGCAGAUUGGUUGGCGUGGAAUUCCCAUGGAUGGAGUGGAUGCAUGUGUGCAUGUGUGGUCCAGAAAAAGAGACGCUGUUUACUUCUUUAAAGGUACUCAGUUUUGGAGAUACGACAAUGAGAAUGACCAGGCGUUCAAACAAGACCCCGAAGGUCACCGUUAUCCCAGGUUAAUCUCUGAGGGUUUCCCUGGGGUGCUGAGUCCCGUUGACACGGCCUUUUAUGACAGGAGGGACUCCCACAUCUACUUCUUCAAAAACACUCUCGUGUACGCAUUCGACGUGGCAGCCAACAGCUUGGCAAGAGGCUUCCCCAGAAACAUCAGAGAUGUUUUCCCUGCCGUGGAGAGCGGAGACCAUCCAGAUGGCAACAUUGACGCUGCCUACUUCUCUUACACCCACAAUGCCAUCUUUCUACUCAAGGGCACACGCUUCUGGCAGGUGGUGGGAAGCCGAAAUCGCUGGCGCCGGCCCUUUCUGCCACGGAAUGGCCUGCUGCCACACAGGGAGGUGGAUCAGCACUGGUUCGACAUCUGCAACGUUCAUCCCACGGCACUCAAACUGACACGCUGAGGGUGCUGAAGCAGAGACUUUUUGAACACUACUCGCGUGUACAGGUAUGAUCUACGCGCUCACCUGUUGUCAUACAUGUGCAGAUGUCAGUUAUCUACUUGUUUUUGUGUGUUGUGAAUGUAUGAUUUAAGAUCCUAAAGACAAAAACAGCUGAAUUUUACUGUUGGCUUUUAUUGAAAUGAAGAGUUCUAUUAAUACAUAUGCUGUCUGUCUCAUACUUUGAGGUGCCAAGAGCAGAUUGGUGGGAAAGAAAUCCUGAAGGACCUGUUAUGUUUACAAUAUAUAAAGCAUUAGAGAGAUUACAUUUGUUUAUAGAGUGUUUGUAAAGUCUUUAUACCGACACCUCUUAUGAUUUAUUGAUGUAUGUAAGAGGACUCUUAAAUUGCACACCAUGAAAAAGGGGAUUCUUUCUGCAACAAGGUUGAAUAAAGUACAGACUCACAAUGCAAAUACCAUUUAUAAAGGCAUCUUUGACCUUUCCUGUUUUUAUGUUGCAUUUCCAUUUUCCAAUUUUGCACAAGUAGUAAUGAAAUAACUUUUCCCAGACUGUACAAAUAAUCUCUACGUUAGUUGUAGUUCAGUUCAU